AUGGCAGCCGGAAAGCUCUAUGCCACCGUCUGGCUAGGCGAAACUGCAACUUUCAGCGAGGUCUUCAUGUCGGGCUUCUGGUUGGAUGGUGACAAAUUCCUGACCUGCGCCCACCUUCUGGACACGAUCGAAGGGACGAACAUCUCCCGCACAUUGACACUCCUCCAAGACCCAACACCGACUACACGGGCUGCAUUUGUCAAUGUCUCGAGAGUCUCAAGAGACCAUGACUACACCGUUUACCUCAUUCAUCAUGACCGCGCGUCCGAUCUUGCUGUUUUCCGUCUGAAACCAGAUGCUGGCAAAGAGAAAGGGCAGCCUCCGCAUUCCGUUGACUUGAAGUCCCUGGUUUCGAUCUAUGCCGGGGAACCCUUCAACGAGUCCAACCCUCUGAGCAGCGAAGCUAUACUGUACCCAGAGCUCUUCGCUGCCUACUACCCGGGUAUGCAGUGCACGGUUACGGAGGCCCACCUGAACCAAGAUAGGAAGGCUGGUGCGCAAGCUGCCAAUGUCGAGGACGCAUGGGAUUGGAUGAGCCGCGAAACAAUGAGCCGGGCGAAGGGGAAUGGGAAACAUUGUGUGACCAAGAGCAUAAAAUAUGCAGAAACGUUCGUUGCCAACACCCGAAGUGUCGCCUUUGGCAGAAUCAUCACAUCUUCCUCUUCCCCAGUCCUAACACAAGAACCCUCGAGCAUGACUCACCUCAAAAACUGCGACAUCGUGGGAUAUUGGGGUUGCUCUGGGGGUAUGGUCUGCCAGUACCGAAUCGCUAGAAAUGGUUUCGAGCCAAAGGUCGUCGGAUUGUUUCAUGGCGAAGACACCGAAAAUAGCUGCAACAAUAUCUUGAUCUUCACCCCUGCAGGUGUAAGUGAGCUUCAGAAACUGCUGCGUAGUCAUGCAUAG